CGCUCGCGCUCGCUCUCGCUCUCGCUCUCGCGCUCGAGCUCGCGCUCCUCACUCCGAUCGCAGCUGAGAAGAUGGCGGAGGGCGAGCUGAACGUGGACAGCCUCAUCUCCCGGCUGCUGGAAGUGCGAGGAUGCCGUCCGGGGAAGAUUGUGCAGAUGACUGAAGCGGAGGUGCGGGGGCUCUGUGUCAAGUCUCGCGAGAUCUUCCUCAGCCAGCCAAUCCUGCUGGAGCUGGAGGCCCCACUGAAGAUAUGUGGCGACAUCCACGGGCAGUACACAGACCUGCUGCGGCUCUUUGAGUACGGCGGCUUCCCCCCGGAGGCCAACUACCUGUUCCUGGGCGACUACGUGGACAGAGGCAAGCAGUCCCUGGAGACCAUCUGCCUGCUGCUGGCCUACAAGAUCAAGUACCCAGAGAACUUCUUCCUGCUGAGGGGCAACCAUGAGUGCGCCUCCAUCAACCGCAUCUACGGCUUCUAUGACGAGUGCAAGCGGAGGUUCAACAUCAAGCUGUGGAAGACCUUCACGGACUGCUUCAACUGCCUUCCCAUUGCCGCCAUCAUCGAUGAGAAGAUCUUCUGCUGUCAUGGAGGUCUCUCUCCUGACCUGCAGUCCAUGGAGCAGAUCCGCCGAAUCAUGAGGCCUACGGAUGUCCCAGAUACAGGGUUGCUGUGUGACCUGCUGUGGUCGGAUCCCGACAAAGACGUGCAGGGUUGGGGUGAGAACGACCGGGGUGUGUCCUUCACCUUCGGCGCUGAUGUGGUCAGCAAGUUCCUGAACCGCCACGACCUGGACCUUAUCUGCCGGGCCCACCAGGUGGUCGAGGACGGCUACGAAUUCUUUGCCAAGCGGCAGCUGGUGACCCUGUUCUCGGCCCCGAACUACUGCGGCGAGUUCGACAACGCCGGCGGCAUGAUGAGCGUCGACGAGUCCCUCAUGUGCUCCUUCCAGAUCCUGAAGCCGUCGGAGAAGAAGGCCAAAUACCAGUACGGGGGGGUAAAUUCGGGGCGCCCCGUCACCCCGCCCCGCACCACCCCAGCUCCCAAGAAGAGGUGAGCGGCCGGCGUCGUCCUGAGCCUGCCGCCGGUCCCCGGACCCCCUGCCUGGAACCCCACCCCCGUAAACCCGUGCCCCUCCAGCGCUGCGCCUGUACCCCAACGGCUACUUUCUUCCCCCUGUACAGAACUUCGGCUGUGAUCAAUCGCUGUAUCCGUCGCCUUUUCUCUUACUCCGCAUUUUUACCCUUAAUUUGAUUUGUGUGAGCUGUCCCUCCGGCGCCUCGAGAAACGCGGCUCGCGUGGCGAGGGCCGGAAGUCCGAAAGCGGCCGAAAGGUCGAUCGCUCCCACGAGUAAGGAGCUGCGACCGAUUCCUGAGCCCACAGAUCUAAAGAAGGUUCCGGAAUCGACGCGCCCACGUUCCCUCAACACCCCUGGUUCAGGGUCCCGGAAGGAUGCGCUGCGGUACCGAUGUCACUUGACCCCAUUUGCAAGUCUGCUUCCGCCACUUAGACGACGACAGUAACUGGGUUCUUCGGGUUUGGUGGUUUUGGCCGACCGUGCCCAACGAUCCAGACGAUCGGGUUCGAAAGGAGCCCGGAUCACCUUGUGCGGGUUUUCCCUUCCGAAGCGACACUCGUCGUACGCCCUGUGUCUCAUAGCAACGGGCCCCGUCCGCUACGAAGCCCCGAUUGGACGUUGCCGUCCGGGGGGUCUUCCUGGAGACGUGGACUCCCGCCGGUCCACCGAGCGUCAACAGUGCGGCGGGGGAGCCUGGGGCCGUGGCCCGGGUUCGAUGACACCUGGAGGUUUACAGGAGGUGUUGCCGCACUCGCUGCUGUUUAGGUGGUACCUGUAGGUCUCAGACGGUGGUGUUCCAGCGUCGUAGAGCAGGACGCCGUGAGGACGACUUUCACAGGGUAGCCCGCCGGCGCCGUGAACCAAAGGGGUUCGAGGGAAUCCCUGCGGGAUGCUGACAGUGGAGACCCCCCUCCAUGGGGGACGCAGUCUAGGAGGGCGACGUCCCGGAGUCCGUCCAGCUGAACGCAGUUCCCCCCAAAUUCUUCUCCGACUCGAUGGUCCCACUGCGAGCUGAUGAAUAUCCUCUGCUUAUACACA